ACGGCCGUGCGAUCACGGAGAAUGACAAGUUCACCGCGGGGAAUUAAAUUCUUCCAUCUCUUCCUUCACACUCAUGCAUCUUGAUCUUUUACAUCCACUGCUACAGUUAUUCCCCUGAUUUCAAAACACCCAUUUUUCGCGCCCAUCUAAAACCCUAAUAGGGCCUUUGUUUAUUUAUAUCUCGUCCCCUGAUCUCCUCUUCGAAUCGCACAGGGAAUUUUACAAGCAGAACAAACAAUCUUCUCGAAACCGAUGCGACUAGGCUGACAGUAAGCGAUGAAUUCCGACCAUGCAGCCCCUGCGGCUGCGGUUACUCAGGCGAAGAAGGAUCGCCACAUGGUCUCCUGGACUCAGGAGGAGGACGAUCUACUUCGGAAUCAAGUCGCUGUUCAUGGCUGCGAUAACUGGACGAUAAUUGCAGCUCAGUUCAAGAAUAAGACUGGCAGGCAGUGUCGGAGAAGAUGGCUGACAUACUUGAACACGGAGUGCAAGAAAGGCGGGUGGUCGCAGGAAGAGGACAUGCUUUUAUGUGAGGCUCAGAAGAUAUUUGGCAACCGAUGGACUGAGAUUGCAAAGGUGGUUAAAGGCAGAACAGAUAAUGCAGUGAAGAACCGCUUUUCUACCCUUUGCAGAAAAAGAGCCAAGCAUCAUACAAUAUCCAAGGAAAAUAAUGAUUCUUAUAUACUCCCUAGCAAGAAGAAAAUCAUGUUGGAACCUUCAGCAAAUAAGCAACAUUUCGGGUGUGGCAGCUCGGACCAGGCAGAAGCCUCAAGUUCCUAUGAAAGAUUGGCUACAGACCAUGGCAUUAGUGGAGCAGAAUCAAGGCCACCACUAGCAGUUCUUACUCAAAACUUUAAGAACUUGAGCUGUUUUCCAGCACAGUGUCAUCCUGAUAGCAGCAUAAAGCCUACAUCAUGCGAUAAUUGUGAGGUCCAGAGGAAUUUCCUUAGAAGGGAUGAUCCAAAAUUAACAGCUUUGUUGCAACAAGCAGAAUUACUUAGCACUCUUGCUGUUAAAGCAUGCUCUGAAAACAAAAGUAAGAGUCUUGAGGAUGCUUGGAAGGAACUUCAAAGUUUUUUGAUCCGGACUCAGGAAGGUGGAACUUUGAGUACUUUUUCUGGAAUGGAUUUCUUGCUGGAUAACUUCGAAGCAGUGUUCAAGGAUUUCCAAUGUGCGGAUACAGAAAUUCAGCUUUUAACAAGGGACGGCGAUCUAGAAGACUCUCAGGCUAGUUCUGAAAUGACCACAGGUUGUACUCAGGAUGAUCCUGGAAACAACAUGGAUAAGCAUCAGCUCGAGCAUUGUUCUACAGGCUGCAAUGCUGGGCAUAGUCAUCAACAUGAAGCAAUUCCUGCUCCUCUUAAAUUUGUUUGUCAAGGUGAAGCCAUGUCUUCUUUUCUAGAGCUCGCUCAAAAUGGUGAAAAGUUGCCUGUCUCAUCAAAUUCAGAAUUUGACUCCCCUCUUAAAACCAUCCCACCUUUUCAUUCUUUCACAGAGGAGAUUCCAAGUCCUGAAUUUUCAUUUAGUGAGAGAAAAUUUUUGUUAAGCGUCUUGGGCACGCCUUCUCCAAUACCGGUCUCAAAUACAAAUCAAACGCCUUGCAAAAGAGAUCCUCAGCCCCAUUCAGACCAAACGCAUUCAUGCAAAAGAGUUCUUCUUGAUAGCCUAUGACCAUUCCUAGCUAGUAUGAACUCUCAGUUUUUUGCUUCAAUAAUCAUAGCAUUUCAUCCUUACUGAGAUUUUUUGAAGUCAUGCAUUCUCUUCCAAUUAGCCUGGAUAAUAGCAUACUUUUUCUCUGUUUGUUUCGGACUGCAUUCUUUCCACCUUGUUUUAUAAAAGUGUGGGCUGCAUGCAUGAAGGAUUGCCAUCUCCCAGAUACCUAUCCUUAUAUAUUGUUUGAUUUAUUAUUAGGUGUAAAUAGGUUUCCUUAAAAAGCCAUCAGUGUGCAAGUAUUAUUGUGAUAUUAUUAUUGCUAUUAUUUGUGUAAUCAGUGUUUUCUAUAGUUUAUUUUGGUCUGCAGCAAGUCGUGGAAUAAAAGCUUCUGUUCAAGUCUAUGUUUGUAAGCUUAAUUUGUAUACUGAUAAUUGGAAAUGGAGACAAUUUUGA